AUGAAUUAAAGCAUACCUAGUGAUUAUAGCCCUUACUAUAGCUAAUAGGAUGUGAAGGGAUUUCAAUCAAAAAUUUAUUAAACUGAAUAGAUUUUUGGAGAUUUAAAGAACUAUGAUUUACCUUCUGAGUUAUUUCGCAGUGAAUAAAUAAAAUAAUUGGCUGUGAGUCUUAACCAAAUAGCUGUAUUGACCGCGAGCAAUAAAAUAUAUAGAAUGACUAAAAAAAAAGGUUGGUAGAAAUUGGAGAUUCCUGAUAGAAUAGAGUAACCAGUUUAGUAGCAAUAAUAGCAAUAAGCACAACAAAAUUAAGGAAAUCUAAUCACUAAUUUAUUCAGCAAUGUCUUUAAUGGAGUAGGGACAGUAGUCUAAGGAGUUGGAUAUGGAGUUGGUUAUGUAGUAUAAGGUGUUGGAUAGAUGUUGAAUAUUACAGAUGGUGCUUAGCCAGUAAUCAUAGAUAGAAUUUAUCUUGACCCUUUUGGUUAUCAUUUAAUAGCAUGUAGCAAUCAAGGAUUUUCUUUCUAUAUUAAUUACCAUCAUGAAAACCAGAUGAAGCUGCUUAAAAAUGUAAGAGGAGAAGAGUAUAUCAUUACAUCUAUUGGAUGGGAAGACUCAUAAGCAGAAUAAAAAGCAGAUAGUAUAGAACAUAAAACAAAAAGUUUUAUCUUAGGUACUUCUAAAGGUGUACUUUACAUUUAUAGUAUAAAGUGCUUAGAUUAAGAAUAGAUAGAAGAGACAAUACCCUUCAUGGCUUUGGAGCUGCAUAGUUCAAGUUCUUCUAAAGCUAUUAAUGCUAUUAAAUAUCUAAAAAUAUAUAGUGAUAAUAGAAAAGAUAAAAAGUUUCUUGUCUUUGUUUCUACAAACUCCUCUGUAUACGCCUUUUCAGAAAAAGAUAUUGUCAUUCAUCUUUAAAAUUUUAAAUUGUAUGACUAUUAAAACAGAGUUAGCUUUAAUGUGAAUGACACUAGUUUUAAUAACGAUUUUAGAAUUUCCCCAAAUUCUUUACUUAGUGUAUGCAGUGUUGUUGAGGGUCAAGAUAAAAAGAAAAUCCCUCAUUCUGUUUUAUGGGUCAAUGAAUAUGGCUUGUUUAAUCAAUUGAUUCCAACUUGUUACGAGUAAUACAAAGAUACCUUUUUAAGAGAUUUACAAAAACUUUCUUAUGCUAAAUAGUAUGAAUUUAGAGGUUCUAAAGUAGACCCAAAGUCUGUAGAUGAAAUGCCUAUAGACAUUUUGUUGACGGAAUUUCAUUAUAUUUUACUCUUUUAUGAUAAUCUUACAAUUAUGUCUAGAAUUAACGAGAGAAUAGUAACUUCUUAUGACCUCAAAAGCAUGGGUGUAGUUUAUGGUAUGUAAUAUGAUAGCUUUAAUAAAAUUAUAUGGAUAUAUUCGAGCAAAGAUAUCAAAUACCUUAGUAUUUAAAAUGAAGAAAAAGAUGGCUGGAAGCUUUAUUUAGAAAAAAAAUAAUUCAAUCUAGCUUUCGAAAGUGCUAAAAAAGCAGAUGUGACAAAAGAAGAUAUAGCUUAUCUAGCUGGAUUGUAUGGAGAUCAAUAGUUUUUGUAAAAAGAUUAUAUGAAAGCAGCAUAACUUUACUUUGAAACAAACAGAAAUUUCGAAGAGAUAACAAUUAAAUUUUUAAAUAAGCAGUUAUAAGGAGAUUUAGCUGCAAGAGAUGGUCUUGAAGAAUACCUCACAUUAUGGCUUAAAAAUUUAAGAUAAGAUGUAAAGACUUAAAAGCAUAUUCUAAUUUAUUGGCUAAUUGAAAUAAAAGCAGAGAAAAUUAAUGCUUAAGAAGUUAGAUACUAAUAUUAUUAGUAGUAUCCUAUCUCAAAGUUUAAAAACGAGCAGGAUAAGAGAUACUGCCUGGAGUUAAUUAGCUAAAAAAUACAGAGCUUAAAAGAUAGCUUGAAAUAACUUUUAGAACAGUAUAUACAUGAUAGAGAAUUAGACGAAAAUACAAUUUACUAAAUUUUGUAAACUCAUGGUAGAUUGAAAGAUUGCUUCGAAUAUGCUAGAAAAAAGUAAUCCUUUGAGGUCAUUAUCAAGAAUGACAUUAAUGAAGAUAAAUUUGAUUAGGUACUUUUAGAUUUAGAGUCUAUUCCUAGAGAAAAAGAAAGAUAUAGAAAUGAUUUAUUAGUCAAAUAUUCUCAUCUCCUUAUUUAGAAAGAAACAGAAAAAUUCAUUGAAAAAAUUAAGGACUACUCAAUAAAACCUUAUAGAAAAGAAAGCAAAAUUAAUAAAAGAUAAUAGUCUUAAAUACAAGACACUAGAGAAAUUAAGCUUAUAAGAAGUUUAAUUGAUACUCCUCCAUCUAAAAAAAGACAUGUAAUUGAGUAUAUAAAAGGUCUCAUUAGCGACAAUAAGUGUGAUGACAAAAUUAUUCAUAAUAUGCUUAUUCUUUUCUUGUCCUAACUAGAUUAAGAAUUUGAGUUAGAUGAGUACUUUACUGAAUAAGAACAGGUCAAAAAGGAACAAGAAAGAUUUAACUUUAGUUUUGAAUUUGCAUUUACUAUUGCCAAAUCUUACGAUUUCCAUAUCAUACUUGUUAAAUUAUAUGGAUUAAAGGAUAUGUGCAGCGAAGCUAUCAAAGUUGCUUUGGAAAAUGAUCUUGGAUAUCUUAUUUAAAGUUAUAUAACUUAACCUUCAAGCUAAAAAGAAUAAAAAAAGCUAAUGCUAUAAGUCGCUAAAUACUACCUUGAAAAGGACAAUAUUUUUGAAGUUAUAGAUUUAUUGCAAUAAUAUCCUGUUCUUCAGAUUGAAGAAAUUUUAGAUCUGUUUUCUGAGAGUGUUGAUGUUCAAAAAGUAACUGAGUAGAUUUGCAACGGUUUAGAACAAAAGAACAAAAAGAUUGAGGAACUCAGAAUUUUAAUCAAAGCCUACUCACUAGCAGCUGAUAAAAUUAAAUCUGAUCUUAAUAAAAUUAAUAAAUAUGUUAUUAUCAAAUAAGAUAAAACUUGUAGAGAGUGUAAUAGACCUUUAUAUACAGAUUCAUUUUAUAUAUUCCCCUGUAAGCAUGGGUUCCAUCAAGCAUGCCUGAUUUAUAAAGUGAUAAAAAAUGAUGACGAUCAAAUAAAAUUAGAAAAAAUAAAUACUUUGAAUUCAAAAAUAGAACAAAUUUAAAAAAGCAUAGAAUCUCUUACAACAAGAAAGAGAGCUUCAAGUGAAGAUAUUGACAUAGGACUUUUCAAUAAUCCUCUGAAUAAGCUUGUAAAUUUUGUUGCAAGCCAUGCUAUUGAAGAAGAUAAUGAAGAAAAUACUGUAUAGCUAGAGUAAUAUUAGAAAGAGCUUCUUAAAUAUAGAGAAGAAUUAGAUUAGUUGUUAGCAAUAGAAUGUAUAGAAUGUGGUCCUAGUAUUGUUGAAAGUAUUUAUAAAAAACCUUUUAAUGAUAAUAUAAAAAUUGCAGAUACAUGGAAACUCUGA